AUGUCGUGGUGGUGUUCCCUCUCGAAGCAGUUGCUGUUGCAAGUUCGCAAGCAUCCUGCUGUAGAGAACUAUGCUCGUCAAGGAGUAAAUUACGUCUGGAAUCAUCCGUCAAGAAAAAAGGCAGCCACUACAUUCUCUAACUCAUGGGAGGAGAUGCGGAGGCGAAUGGAGUCUUCCAUUCCAGUAUCCAAACAGUCAGGAUUUAAGAAAACCAAGGAUAGCCCUGGAUAUACAGCAUAUAUUAUUAAUAUGUGGAACAUGUAUAAGGGGCGCGUGUUUUCUUUUAUUGCUGUGAACUUUAUGGGUAUUAUUUUUUUCUUUCAGUUCGGAUCUGCUCUCUGGCCGAUGGCAAAACAAAUGGUGGCUGGUUUUUUUGAUAGGAAGGAAAUAAAAAUAGCUAGAGAUGAUAACCCUGUACGUACCAUCAAGACACGUCCUGUGAAUACUGAGAACCCAGAGAGGGCUGAUAAGCAAUCUGGUUCGCAUCAUGAGGACGAAUAUGAAGGGAAAGUUAAAUCUUUAAAGGAAUCUCCGUUUAACUUUUUAGACAGCUCUGAUGAACACGUACAAAAGUCUAUGAAGCAGAUGGAGCGUAAUAUGUUUGGCAACAUGGAAAAAGUGGAUUUUUCAACCUCUUUUAAAUUUCGUAUGAGUGAGGAUGAGGAGUUCAGGUCAUCAGUAGGGAGUAACGUAAUAAAUGGUUCUUCUCCCUAG